CUUCCCCAAAACGGCGCCCCCGGAGCCCGCGGAGCGCGCGCCGGCCUCGCCGACGCCGUCGCUCGAACGGCCGGCCAAACUGCGCGAGCGCACCAAAGCGAAACUGCUCAAGAAGCUCGGACGCCACGAUGACAGCGAAUUCGGCAAAAUCGUUAGGACCCCCGCUCCAGAUGAGUUCGAACUGCCCGCCCCCUUGCCUACUCCGGCCUUCUCGCGGAAGAACAUUUUCGACAGAAACUUUGAUGCACUGUUCGAGGUAGCGAGCACGCCUCAGUUUACUGCGAACAUUCGUGUCACAACUCCUGAACCCGACCGGCGCUCGGACGCGUCGGGCACACAGUUCCCUUCUCCAGCGACAUCAUCCCUUAGCUUACUUCCGCCACGACCUUAUUCCGAACCCGUGGCCUCCAACCCCUCACCCGCGCCUUCCGCUAGAACAUCCACACCUUCGACGCCGACACAUCGAUCGUCUCUUGAAGGAUCAAGUUCAAAACCGAAGAAGAGAAGUUUCUUUAGAAAAUUCAGUUCAUCAAAGGAGACGACGCCGCCGAAGUGUGUAAGCAUGCAGCAGCCGCCGGUGGAGAUGGCGCUGCGGGAGCUGACGCACCCAGCGCACAAUGAUCAGCUUAAGAACCAACAGCAGGUCACCUUCAAACUGGUUAAGACAGUGUCUGACUUUACAACGCAGCUAUCGCAACUGUAUGAACGGCACUCAGCUGAAAUGCAAGCACUCGUCGCGAACUUUCGUAAGAGGAACAGCGAGCUGAGGAAAGAGAGAGCAUCAUGCCCUUCGUCGCUGUUCCACACGUGGGAGACUCUGCUACAAGAGAUUGAAGCUGAUGUGGUUGGUUGCAACAACGCCGCGUCAUCUCUGGAGAGGAUGGUAGCAACUCCGCUGAUUGAAAGAACUUUCCACAUGAAGGUCCAAGCUAGGAAACUGUUCGCGCACCGUGAGGGAUGCGAGGUUAUACUGGGGAAAGCUGAUGACCAACUUAAUAAGAGUCGUCAAGAAUACCGCGCGGCGUUCCUCAACUACUGCAACAACCAGAAUACGGCUGCACUAUCCGCGUACUAUGACUCACAUAACAACUACGUGCAGCAGCUGACGGCGACCAACGCUAUGAUAGAUCAGUACCACAAGCAUACCCUGCCUACAAUACUACAGGAACUUGAAGAGAUACUGACCGACGUGACGGCAGCUGUUAGCGAAGCUAUUUAUCAGGGAGGAGAAAUUAUCACUGAUAAAUGCAACAACCAGCUGCGUCGCUACGAGUCUUUGUGCGCUCAGUCCCGCGCUGUAUCGAGUACCGCAGACUUGGCGCAUCUAGCACGGGCCCUGCUAACCGCUCAGCCACCCGCCAGGGUCCCCCGCCGUGCGUUCAUGCCGCCCUACCCGCCAGAGCCCGAAGACCCACCUAUCGACGUACCCGCGGAGACAAUGCCACCAGUUCUUCGCGGCGAAAUGUUGCUCGACCGCAUGGAUAUACGGGAGGCGCGUCUAAACUACGAGCAGCUGAGGAAAGACGCACAGGAUUUGGAAAUGCAGAUCAAGCAGUUACAGGACGGGUUGGAUUCCCUCGCGCGCAUACAAAGCCGCAACCUGGAGAGUAAUCUCUACAGCAAAGUCAACGAGAUACAGGAGGAUAUUUCGCUGAAGAAGUACGACUACAGAGCAACACAGCUGCAUUUGGCGGCGGUUAGAGCACAGAGGGAGCUCUUCGCUGCGAAAGCUGAUAGUAGCUCUGCGGUGGACCGUAAGCUGUCGACGUCGUCAGCCGGCAGCAUGAAGAACAAAUGGCUGAAAGCCUUCCGCAGCCUGAAACCACCCAGCGCGCCGCCACCCCAUCCCGGCCCGCAGGACAAGAGGAACGGAGCUGCCCGUGACGCAAUGCGUUCCGGUGCCGACUCAGAAGCACACAACUUCCAGGAAUAUACAUACAAGAAGAUCACACCUUGUGACGUUUGUUCACAAGUCUUACGAGGUCACACACGUCAAGGUCUUCGUUGCCGCAUAUGCAAGAUGAACGUGCACACUGACUGCAUGCCGCAGGUCGGCAAGUGCCAGACAAAGUCCAGGCUCCUGCGCAGACAGAAGAGCACCUCAGAAAUAGAGUCGCAUAGAGUGCAAGACACAGCAUUCGACGAAGAAAGUUCGAUGAGGAAUUCGAAGAGUGCCCAAAUGUUGAGGCAGACGGACCGCACCAGUCCCUUACCCGCUCCUCAUUCGCCGAGACGUCAAAAGUUGAACCUUAGGAUGAAGAGUCUGUCGCUGGAUUCACCUGAAUGCGGCGAGCUCAGGCGGCGGCCGGCGCGAGACCAGCCCGCGCAGGGCAGCCGAGUGCUCUGUAACGGAAGAGCGAAUCUUAACAGAUACGGUUCAAAUAGAAUAAACUAUCGCACGAUUUAUAACUAUUCCCAAUCAUCACCUUCAUCCCCGGUGCAUAGCCGGCGGCUGUUGAGCGCGCGGGGCGGCCGCAUGAGCAGCGUCGAACUGCCCGACGAGCCUGACAAGAGCCUCUCCUCCAACAGCGCCAGCCCCUGCCCCUCGCCUGUAAAACAACCUAGUAAACAUCAGCGACUGCUACCAACGAACUUGUAUGUGAUACUGUAUAACUUCAAGUCGCGCCACGCAGACGAACUAGACCUGAAGGCAGGCUACAAGGUGACUGUUAUUGACACAUCGGACCCCGACUGGUGGAAGGGCAAGUGCUUGGGAAAGAUUGGCUACUUCCCAUCUAAAUACUGCACCAAGCUACAAGCUGGCGAGAGGCCAUUACAAGUCACUCACAACCUUCAAGUAUCUGAUGGUGACAAUGGCUUAAUGUUGCUUCGUGAUCAGAUCGUAAUCCAAGUAGGUGAUGAAGUGGACGGCAUGGUUAUGAUCAGAUCCGGAGAUAACCGCCAGGGUGUGUGUCCUGUCAAAUUUCUACAGGAAGUGUGACGCUUUAAGUUGCCUCAUUUUAACUUUAACAAACGACGCGGAUCAUACACAGAACGAAUCAACUCGAAUUACGAACCGAAACCGACCCGUAGCGCACCAGUAACUCCUUGUGACAGCGAAUCAUCGUCCUGGUCAAGGGACACCUACGACAGUUGCAGGUCUAAUAAGGUAUACGACGAAUUUGAAGAAGGCGUGUGGUGGUGGCGAAGGCCAUUAGAUGUAAGAAGAAGUCAAUGCCGCAGAUGCGGUGCUUCGUCUUCUACGAGGCCUUUGAGGAUGUUGCCCUGCGCUGGAGUUGCCCCAGAAGACUAUGACUACAGUGAUCGCCGCCCGCUCAUGUCACGUGACCGACCAUUGCUUUUCGUAAAACAACUAUUUCUUUAAAAAAAUAUACGGUUUGUUAUUACUGUUAAUAUAAGUAUGGUGUUUCGCAAGGAACUAAAUUAGGACCCACCCAAAAACGAGACAUUUUUAUUUGGUUAU